AUGAAGCAAAAGUUGGUGAUCAAUGUGUCAAUGAACAAGGAAAAGUCACGAUCCAAGGCGAUGAGGAUAGUCGUAGGCGUCCACGGCGUGGACUCGGCGUCCAUGGCCGGGCCGGAGAAGACCCAAAUCGAGGUCACCGGUGACGGAAUCGACUCGGUGGCACUCGUCACUCUGCUUCGAAAGAAAGUGGGAUUCUCUGAACUUGUCAGCGUCGGCUCUUUGGAAGAGAAUAAGCCGGUAGAAGAUUCCAAACCGCCGACCCCCGUCGUAUGGCCGUACGAGUACGCCGGUGGCCCGCCGCACCACGUCUACCAAAUGAGCCCUGCCGCCGGCGGAUACUAUUACAAUAACAAUUACCCUUAUCUUUGGAAUUAA